AUGAAAAAGCUAGGUCUGAGUCGAUACACGGCGGGGCUCCAGAAGGAUGAGAUUGCGGAGUCGUAUAAGCUGCGCAGUGAGGACUCGACGACGCUCAUCGCUCUUCGAGACACUAGUCUGUCGAUCCUCCGUCAAACCUGGCGGGAAUGCCGGCAUGGAACUCAGCAGCGAUUGACGGACCCUCAAGCGGCUCGAAUAAGUAGCUUCUGGCACGCGGCAGAUCCUGAGGGCAAGAAUAAGACCUUCCGGCGAUCGAUUCGGCCCAAUACACUAGAGUACUAUCUCAAUCAUUGGGCGCAGCUGUUGAAAUUCAUGUGGAAUGGCUGGCAUGGUAAGCUGUUUCCCCAGAGCCUGGCUGCCAUUAGAAGAGGUGGACGAGACGACCAAAGCCAGGAUGACUACAGUAGUGGAAACGAGAGCGGUGCCACCGUAGAAUCCGAGUCGAGCAGUGGUGAAGAUGGCGACUAUAAUGGAAGUGGCUCAAGCAGCAUCCGUCGUAGGGACGCUCGCCACAGGAGCGCUUCUCUAAGCUCACGCCUUCGCCGCCAUGAGUCGUUUCUUUGA